AUAUAUCUUCAUCUUUGUUCCGUUUCAGUCAUCAGUCAGUGCAGAGGAAUCUCAUAUACUUUACGCUUGUCCCUUCAUCCCUCUACUUGUCCUCAUUUAUCUGUCAUCAUCUAAGUACCUAUUCUUCCACCAUGGCUACCCCAAUCCCAACCAAACGCAUUGUCAUCGCCUGCGACGGCACCUGGCAAUCCUCCGUCAGCGAAGAUGAAAACAUCCCUUCCAACGUAACCAAGCUUUGUCGCCACGUUGCACGCACCGGCACCACAUCCAGCGGCGCCGCGAUCCCUCAAAUUGUCUACUACGACUCUGGCGUGGGCACCGGCUCCCUCGCCGACCUCGAAAAAAAGCGCCAAGGCGCGACUGGCGAUGGACUUGCUACCAACGUCAUCGAAGCCUACAACUUCAUCGUCCUGAACUACAGUCCCGGCGAUGAGAUCUUCUGUUUUGGUUUCUCGAGGGGCGCAUACACGGCCCGUGCUGUAGCGGGGCUAGUAACGGAUAUCGGAGUUAUGGAACCGAGAUAUAUGCAGAUCUUCCCUUUCAUCUACAAGGCUUAUAAGGCGAAUAAGGAGGGGAAGCCCUUUAGGGAAACACAGGCAUGGAAAGAAGUUGUUGGGGGGAAGUUGUCGAAGAAGGGGAUUGAGUUUAGUGCGAAGCCGGGGAGACGUACGGCGGAGGAGAUUACGCAGAUGUGGGAGAUUCGGCCGCAUGGGGAGGUCGCGAUUCAGGGGAGCAGGAAGGUGAAGGUUGUUGGUGUUUGGGAUACGGUUGGAAGUCUUGGAGUUCCAGAUGGAAGGUGGAUGGAUAACGCUGAUAUGAGGACUUCGUAUGGCUUUCACAACGUGAAGCUGAAUGAGAACAUUGAGCACGCUUUCCACGCUCUGGCUCUAGACGAACGCCGCAAGGCAUUCAAGCCCACCGUGUGGUACCUACCCAAGAAACCCACAGGUAAACAGCCAGAGCUACUGCAAGUUUGGUUCCCGGGUGUCCACAUCAACAUUGGCGGUGGGUCAGAUGACGGUAUUAAAGACCACGCCGGAGAUCUCGAAGGCAUGUCCAACAUCACUUUCGCCUGGAUGCUCCAAUGCAUCUCUCCCCACCUCGAAAUCGACCGAACUGCCUACAACCAAACUAUGAUCGAAUACAAGCAAUGGCUCGACGACAUCGACUACAAGCACACCCUCCCCCCACCACCACCAGAAGGCAUCAAAGAGACCUUCUGGUCGUACGUCCCUUACGUCCCCCUCGUCAACCCAGCUCCCACAGUCUGGACGCGCACGCCGCGCGGGUGGGGCGUCGGCCGCAUGGUCGACAGCCUCACUGGCCUCAUGUACAACUACGCCGGAGGCGUCAAACGCAUUCCUGGUCGUUGCCAGACCGAGGUGUGGAAUCCCACGACAAAAAAGCACGAGUGGGUUGAGAUUGGGGAAAUGGGGGUUACGAACGAGUUUGUGCACCCCGUGGCUGGGUAUCGGCGGACGAAGUUCCCGGAGGAGAAGAAUAGUGGGCUGGAAGGGUUUGUGCGAGGGGAGAAGGCGAAGGGUAAGGGGUUUGAGUGGAAGAAGAAGGAUGGGACGAGCCUGCCAGAGUAUGUGAUUCAGAAGGCAGGGAAGGCGCCCAAUUUUGAGCGGUUGUGGAUGACGGCUGAUGGACCUGGAGUACAGGAGAUGGAGUGGUUGGCUGAGGUAGAUCGAGUGAAUGGGCUGUGAGAUAUUGUCCGAUUGGACAUUGCGACUUUAGGGGUGAGCUUGGUUUUUAAAUGUCUACAGGUUUUAUUUAGGAGCACCUUAGUUAUCACCCCCCCUUUCUUUGCGUAUCACCCCCCUUUUCUCUGCGUGUCACCCCCCCUAUAUUAGGCCUAGCUCCGGCCCGUAUAAAUAUUGUUCCACC